UAAAGCUCAUUUACUGUGUUUCCACUCCAGGAGAUAAACUACUCAAAGCCUGGAUUUCCUGAAGGUAUCAGUAAAAUUCCAGAGGAGACAAUCAGUCUGUUUCUCGGCGAUGCUUUCACAGAUAGCCGUCAUCAGACGCGCAGGAAUGAGCCUGGCCCUUUAAAUUGGGGCGGGGCUAUGAUAAACGGGAGGCGUGGUUUAUGUGAAAGCAAGGCUGUGUUUUCGUCCCAGCCCUCCAGUCCAAAGCGAAAAGGAGGCUCCGCAAACAUGUCGCUGAAGACGGUGGGUACAGCUCUGACACGUUCGCUGUGGUCAAGAGGAAACGGGACGCCCCCGCUGCCCCGAAACCCGAAGGCGAGCAGACUCUCCACCACGUGCGGGGCGUUUGGAGACCAUGGCGAGAAGUCCAGACACCAAAGUGGCGAGGCGCCGUCACCCGGUGAGCAUCCACACAAAUGUGCGUCUGGGGACACCAAGAGACCCAAGGAGUCCAUGCGUGGUCCCGGUGUCACCGGCGUGAGGAGGCGCUCCUUCACCUCCAACGCGGCUCCGAUGGACCAGCGGUCCUAUCUGUGGACGCGUUACAACGACCUGAAGCGGCUGGUUUACGAUCUGAUCCCUCCAGGGGCGUGUAAAAGCCUCAACUCCUCAGUCAUUUACGCCAACAACGAAGUCAACCUGGCCGAGGUGGACAUCUAUGGCUUCGACUAUGACUACACCUUGGCUCAGUACUCCAACGCGCUCAACACACUCAUCUACAACACUGCAAGGGAUUUCCUAGUUGAACAUUUCAAGUACCCUGAAGAAAUCAAGAAAUACGACUAUCUUCCCAACUUUGCCGUCCGUGGUCUUCACUAUGACAUUCAAAAGGGUCUUCUGAUGAAAAUAGAUGCAUUUCAUUACAUCCAGCCAGGAACAGUGUAUCGGGGCUUGUCUCCUCUUCCGGAUGAAGAAGUCCUUGAGCUUUACGGUGGGACCUUCCAUGUCCCCUUGCAGCAGGACAGCGGCUUCUACGGAAAGGGGCCAAAGGUGAAGCAGUUCAUGGACAUUUUCUCCAUCCCCGAGAUGACUCUCAUGGCUGUGGCCAACGACUUUUUCAUCACCAAUGACAUCGAGUAUGAUCCAGUGCAUCUCUUCAAGGAUGUCUCUGAAGCCAUCGGCAUGGUUCACAUCAAAGGAUACAUGUACAAGUGGAUCAUGCAAGAUCUUGAUAAGUUCAUCCUGAGAGGAGAUGAGACGGACGCCGUUUUGCAUAAACUGGUCAGUCAUGGAAAGAAGCUUUUCCUCAUCACUAACAGUCCCUUCAGCUUUGUGGAUAAAGGAAUGACGCACAUGGUGGGGAAAAACUGGCGAGACUUCUUCGAUGUUGUCAUCGUACAGGCAGACAAGCCCCACUUCUUCACCGACUGCAUCAAGCCUUUCAGGCGCUUGGAUGGUAAUGGAGAUCUGCGGUGGGAGAAGAUAAACAGUUUGGAAAAGGGACAGAUUUACAAGCAGGGGAAUUUGUUCGACUUUCUCAGACUGACGGGCUGGAGGGGCUCAAAGGUCCUUUACUUUGGAGACCAUCUUUACAGUGACUUGGCUGACCUCAUGUUGCGGCACGGCUGGCGUACAGCAGCCAUCGUCCCUGAGCUGGACCACGAGACCAAAGUUGUGAGUGCUCACCGGUAUGCUGUGAACCUCACCUGGCUGCAGGCUCUAACUGGUCUUAUGGAGCGCCUCCAGGUCCACCGCGAUGCCGAGUCCAGAGAUGUUUUUCUGGAGUGGCAAAAGGAAAGAGAAGAACUGAGGGUGAUGACGAAGAACCUGUUCAACCCUCAGUUCGGCAGCAUCUUUAGAACAUUACACAACCCCACCUAUUUUUCUAGGCGUCUAAAUCGUUUCUCAGACAUCUACAUGGCCUCUCUGAGCUGUCUUCUGAAUUACGACACGUCCUACACUUUCUACCCCCGCCGCACCCCUCUCCAGCACGAAGCCCCCCUGUGGAUGGAUCAGCUCUGCACGGGCUGCAUGAAGACGCCUCACCUGGAGGACAUGGCCAACAUCCGAUGAGAGCUGCGCUCUCCAAACAGACUGGCAAGACUUUUCGUUCUGGCAGACACUUGAGUGAAAUAGUCGCUUUAACAGGGUUUCUUUAGUGUGCAAGAAGGCGCUGCCCAACCCAUCUACAGGUUCCAUAUCACUUCCAGUCACAAGGAAGGAUUCCUCACUGGAGACCACCGGGGGGCGCACUAGAGCUACGUUAGAUGAUGAACAGAAAGCAUGUCAAUAUUUUGACACAAAACUGACUGAUAUUUGUUUCCGGUUGAAGCAAUCUGUGGAAGUGUUGAAAAAUCUGAGCUGCGGUCGCACAAUUUAAACAUUUUUUUUGUACUAACGUGUUUGUUAUUAUACACUUUUUAUGUAAUAAAAGGUGCAAGUUACCUUCUAGAAUAAGUUCUACCUGUAAGCUAACCUCUGAUGAAUCGAACACAUAGUUAAAUGUAAACAUUGAUCUGUACGUUUUUAAUGAUUUGGGUUUGUUUUUCAUUGGCCAUUUGGUUGCUAGGCAGAGUAUCAUCCAUUCAUAUCUAAUGUAGUCUGGAUCAAGAAUUCAUUACUUGCAGCUGUCGGCAGAAGACAACAGCAAAGGUACCGUACUCUGCUCUGCUACAAUGUAGGUUUUUGGACAAUAAUAAUAAUAAUAAUAUUAAUUUGUGCCUCUUUUUAGUGUGAUGAAUUUGUAGGAACAUUCAUCUGGAUUUAGAAUCUCUUUAGUUCUCAUUCUGUCCCGUCCAGGAAUGUACCCGCUGUUACUUAACAUUAUUGCUAAAUAAUUGAAAGUAAUGUGUGCUGUGCCCUUUUUAUGAUAAUUGUAAAUAAAAACAAUUAAAAUCAGA